CGGCCGGUGUGUGGUCAACGGAGCGCGGUCAUAACCGCGGACACGAUGGGCCCAAGUGCACGCCGCCGCCGCCGCCGCCGCUCGCUCGCCCGCGGCGCUCUCUCACGGUUCUGCGUUCUCUACGCACUCGUAGCACUAGCAACAGCUACGGAUGAUCAUGGAAUCCCGGUUGAAAUAAAAUUAUGGGAUGCUGGCCGCACCCCUUUAUCUCAAAUGGUAGACACCACAAACGAAUUUGGCUUAAAAGUGUUAGCGGAACAUAAUUUUUUAAACGACAACAACAUAGCGUUCUCUCCGUACGGGCUAAUGGGGAUUUUGGUGGCAUUAUACGAGGGCAUCGACGGCGAAUCCUCGUUCCAGAUCCAGCGAAGUAUGCACCUCCCCUGGAACAGAAACAUCAUGAGGAUAGGAUUCAGAGAUAUUCAUCGGACUUUAAAAACAUACUUUGUACCUGAAGAAGGAUUCCUUGCUGGCUUAGCAUUGAACAAUGAGAAUGUAACAUUUAACGAUAAUUAUAAAAAAGUUCUAAGAUUUUACGGUUUUGAUUUGGAAAAUGACCAACUACCUACUCUUGCGCCGGAAAAUACGACAUCAACAGGAAAUUCGACAAUGCCUCCAGAUGUGUCAAGCUCAAGAGAACCUACCACGACAAGCAUGAACACUGAAACCAGAACAGAAGGGAAAGAAGCAACUACAACAGCAAUGACAGAAGAAACAACCCCGAACCCGAAUGUUGAAACCAUAAAUGAGAUAGAUAUUCGGGGGCCUACUCCUCCCAGUACAACUAUGAGUCCUGUAGCGAACGCUGAAAGUAUACCACCUGAAACUACUAGCAUUCCUACGACCACCACUAGUCAAAUUCCUUCAACCACUACUAGUCAACCGACAUCUACCGUCCAGCCUGUGGAAUUGAUAACGACAACACAACAAUCGGUUUUGACUACUGAAAUUAUCACUUCAGUAGACGCAGAUAUUCCAUCAACCUUUUCUAUGACAACAAAUGAAGUUACCUCCUCUCCAUCAACAACAACAUUACUUAAUGAACCAACUAUUAAUAAUGAAAUCAUGACAUCUACUGAUUUAAAAACCAGCACAGAAUCAGAUAGUACCACAAUUGAUAUGUCUACUACAAUAUUAUCGGUAACAUUAAAUACCCCAACCGAGCCUACCACCACGCAAUCACCUGUAAUGGAACAGUCUUCAACUUCCACAGAAGACACUGUAACCACCACAUCUAGUAAUGAAUCCUCUUUGGAAACUCUGGAGCGUAGGAAGAAAUCUAUUGUCGACUUUAUCUUUACUAAUCCCCCGUACAUGGACGACUAUUUAAUAUAUAGGUCGUAUGACGUUGGCUUGGACUUACCAUUACCAAAUUUUAAUAAUAAAAUGUUCUUAGCAAAUGGAUUAAAGAGUGUUCAGGUGACAUACAUGCACUACGACACAGUACUAGAGCACGCUUAUCUGCCGCACCUGGAGGCAGCAGCUCUGAGGUUACCUUUGGACAGUGAACGGUACUACCUGUUGGUGGUGCUGCCGUCAAGAGCAGGUGCGGCGGAGCUCGGGCGGUUGCUCUCGCGCAUGGCCCGUGAGUCCGAUCUCUCCGAUGUGUAUGCAGCGAUGCGUCCGCGCCGCGUCCGAGCCGUAGUGCCCAGUUUUACAGUUAAAGGGCAUGUUACGCUUACAACGGAUUUGCAGAAGUUGGGCAUACGCGAUGUGUUUGAACCUCGGCAGCACGACUUCACGCCAAUGACGAGACAGUCAGGAGUGUAUGUGCGCAGUAUCGAACAGGCAGUUUCCGUAGCCAUCAGAAAAUAUCGUCCGGACGACAUAAAAAAGAAUAAUUACAAAACUUUAAACUCUGGACUGUUACACAGUAAAUCUAAAUCAAAUAGUCUGCCCUGUAGUGCAAUAAAGAAUACCAUCUCUAACGAGUACCUACUCUUAGUCGACAUUGUACUUAAGUUACCUCUAGUCGAUGUGUGGGCUCAUAAUGACUUGUCGGUCGAGUCUACAAUCCCCAUGUUAUGGUUCCGGUACGAUCCACAUAAUUACUUCCACGGGAUACGUAACCAAUCGACAGCCUGUAUCGUUUACUGCGACUUAUCCCUUCCUGUACUUCGUAAUGGACUCCAGUAUACACGUGGCACUGAUGGCAGGCAAAAUGGUAGACCCGCUCAAUACAAGAAUAUUAUAGUAUAUUUGGAUCUUUUUUUUAUACCUUACCAUUCCUCCUCUUAA